UCAGAAUCAAAACUCAAAAACCCAAAAUCCCCGUAAUCAUUUACCCUCGUCUCAGAAAACCAAAUCAGGGAGUGGAACUGUGGAAGCCUUGCCCCAUCUUUUCCCGUUUCCCUUCCCGGCGGCCGGCCACCGACGACCAAGGGCGAUAGCUAGAACAUCAAUACCCCUGAUCCCUUCCUCUUUCUAUCUGUUGUUGAAAACCCAACCGAGGGCGAUUGCAAGCGGCGGGAGGGCGCCAUCUCCGUUCUUUCUUCUUAUCCUUCUACCGUUUGGCCAGCGAAUCGACUCUUAUCUAAUCCAGAGAUCUUAGUUGAGCUUCGAUUAGAAGGAAAUGGUGGUCAUUGAAGAGGAAAGCCAAAACAAUCAAGUAAAUAACAGAACUGCUCCAGAGGUUUCCAUUGAUGCUACUGAAGAGGCAACUGGUAGGGAAGCGGAAGGCUUUGAAACAGCGAGUGAAGGCGAAGGUGAUGGAGAAACCGAAGAACAACCUGCGCCUCCUAAAGAUGACUCUUACAAAGAUGCCUUGACUGAUGAGCAGUUGCAACAGAGAGCUUUAUCUCAAGCCAAUGAUGUGAAGGCUGAAGGGAAUCAACUUUUUGGGUCUGGGCAGUAUGAAGAUGCAUUGUCAAAGUAUGAACUUGCAUUACAACUGGCUGCUGAGAUACCUUCAGCCAUAGAGUUACGUUCUAUGUGUCAUGCAAACCGUGCUGUUUGUUUCUCAAAAAUGGGAAAAUAUGAUGAAACAAUCAAGGAAUGCACAAAAGCAUUGGAGCUAAAUCCUUCAUACAUGAAAGCUUUGCUUAGAAGGGCAGAGGGGCACGAAAAGCUUGAGCACUUUGAAGAGGCUAUUGCAGACAUGAAAAAAAUCUUGGAAUUGGAUCCUUCAAAUGAUCAAGCUAGAAGAGCCAUAAGGCGCUUGGAGCCUUUGGCAGCAGAGAAGCGAGAAAAAAUGAAGGAAGAGAUGAUUGGGAAGCUAAAAGAAAUGGGGAACUCUGUAUUAGGGCGCUUCGGUAUGAGCGUUGACGACUUCAAAGCUGUUAAAGAUCCAAACACUGGAUCCUAUUCCAUCUCAUUCCAGAAAUAGGACUGCACGUGAGUCUUUUGAUGUUUUAUGAUUUCAGAAGGGAAAGAAAAUUGAAAUGGGUGAGAAAUAUUGUGAAUGAGAUUGGUAAAUGAUUAUAGAUUCAUUAAGAGAGCAUGCUGUGUUGCGGAGUUAACAUGAAUAUGAAACUGGGAGCUUGUAUAAGUCUAUAAAGUCUGAGUCUUCUGUGAGCGGUAGGGCUGCUAUAAAGUAGUUUUGAUUCAAAAUCAGAGUAUGUACUUGGAAGGAAUGCCUGUUUGAAUUGGUGAUCUCCUUCGGCAUCUCUUGAAUCGAACCAAAGCUGAACCUGCCAUGUCUUCUUCCA